GAAUUCACGACUCCCUCUCCCCCUUAUUGCCUUCGCCAAUUAAUGCUUUCCGCUUUUACAAUUCUGAAACAGCUAACCCUAAUCUGGUGGGUGGGUGGGUCGCCGUUCACACCGCGGAUUCGUAUAAAUUCACCCCUUCUUCACCGCAUUGGAUUCCAUCUUGAUCUUUCUUUUUUUCCUGCACUUGUUUGGUUUCUCUCCCCUCCCAAUUGGGUUUUGAUCUUUCUCUUGCCGCUACUGUUUCUGCAAUUCUUCGAUUUUACUUGGCGUUUAGAUACGUCCCCUUUUGAUUUUAGCUUUGAUCCAUCUCCGUUGUGAAUGGUGGAACUCUCGAGCGAGCAGUUAAUGGUAUUCCCCUCUUCCUCUAGAAGGGGGAUUUCGGUUUCCGCAGCGAAUUCUCUCUGCUUCGGAUCUUGCAUGGAAGGCUGGUACUACCGCUGCAUCGGCGUCGAUCCGUGAAUUUAAUCGUCCCCUUUAUUUUGUGUUUCUCGUCUUUCAGAUUCCCCUGCUUUUUUCCUUUUGAUUGCUUUUUUUCCUUCCGAUCGCUAUUGUUUUUCCUUUUUUUCAAUUGUUCGAACACCAGAUUCGAAAUCUUCGAUUUCAAUUUAUAUAAAUAUAUAUAUAUAUUCGAAAAUGUUGCUGUACAAGCAGAAGAAGAAUCAGGCCGCGAAAGGCAAGCGGUUCUUGAUCAACAUCACCGUCCGCGGCAGCGCCGGGCCGAUCCGGUUCGUGGUCAGUGAAGACGAUCUCGUUGUCACUGUGCUGGACAAUGCACUGAAGCAGUAUGCUCGCGAGGGGAGACUCCCAGUUCUCGGAUCUGACAUUAACAGCUUCAUGCUUUACUGCCCUGUUUCUGAAACCGAAGCCAUAAGCCCAUGGAUGACUAUCGGUUCUGUCGGUUUCCGGAACUUCGGGAUGUGCAAGAAGCCCCAAACGGAGAAGGACAAGGUCAUUGGCAAUGGCGUUGAUGGUGGAGGCGACAAGUCGCCGUUGGACAAGGCGGUUACAGAUCCUCGAAAGGGUGGAUCUGGAAACUGGAAGGCUUGGUUCAACAAGUCUCUGAAUUUGAAGAUAUCUUCCCAUUAAGUAAGGGAAAAUAGUAAUGGUGUUUCUGCUGCUGCUGCUGCUGCUUCAUUUCUGUCUGGGUCUGCAAUUUCUGUGUGUUUGUUUUCGUUAAGAGGAUCCUCCUGCUUUUGCUUAUGUUUUUGAUUCCCUUAAUUCCAGUUGCAUUGAUUGAUGAACAAUGCUGAAGUUUCUGUGGCUUUUUGUCAUCCUAAUAAAAAGGAUUGUGUUGCAUACUGUCUUUUCUAGCCCUUUUCCAUUGAACUAUUGUUUAAUCAUUUGGUCCUUUGGACAAGGUGAAGAUGAGGGUGUUCAUCCAAGAAACCUUGAUUGGUGAAUGGAAUGGUACUAUUGCUAUAUUAUUGUC